ACAAUGAAUUACAUUAAACAAGAUAUAAAACGUUCAUUUGUUUAGAAGACUCUUAGCAAGCAAUUGAUAGGAACGUCUCCUUCAGAACGGGAAGUGUUCGGAUAAUAAUUAUGAAGGAGCUGUUUAUUUCAAUCAUUGUUUUUCAGAUAAUUUCCUUUAUUGCAGAUGCUAAUGCCCAGAAGUUAGACACUUUACCAAAGUAUUAUGAAGAAAAACUACUUAGGAAAAUCAAGCAUAGUCUCAGCCCAGAGGAAAUUACUAUUAUUGAAAAAUUCAACAACUUGAAGGAUUUUUAUCCGGACGGAGGAAGACAUCACGUCUUGCAUAAACGCAACGCUGUCCAAUCCAUGGGGGAGGCAGAUGGUACUGGAAGACGUAGGAGACGACGAAGACGAAAACAAAAACCUUCUGCUGCCAUCGAUGGAGCAAUUAACACAUCGCCUGACAAAGCACCUAACGAGGUUUCUGACCAGCCAAGAAGGCGACAAGGACGACGACGACGACCAAAACCAAGUGAUCAGACUUCCACUAAACCUUCAGAUGUUGGACCAACAAAUCCAACUCCUAACGAACCACGUAACGCAAUAUUUGACAAGCCCCAAAGGCGACAAGGCAGACCUAGAACGGCUGUAAUGCGAGAAGCUCCAGUACUGAGUGAAGCAAAUGCAGAUAGCAACGAUGGACUAUUGAAGGCAAAAGAACUCCAUGCAAACCACAUCAACACAGAAAAUAUGAGAGCCAACAAAUUAAAAGCUGACUCAAUAACAGCUGACAGAGUGAAAGCUCAAGAUGUUGUUGUGACUUCAAAGAAGUCGAGAGGAGGAAGACCACGCAGACCAAGAUUGGGAGAAUUCAUUGAUCCAAGUAUUGGAAUACAGCGAAUCAAUUCUGUAACAGAUAUUCCAGAUUUCGAUGGAAGAUUCGCUCAACUUUUUAACAAAAAAGACUAUCGUCAGUUCGAGAGAUCAAUGUACCGACAGCCUUCACUACCCGAAUCACAAUUUUCGCGACAACAAAGUAUCACCGAUAAUUCACAAAUGUUUCAGCAACAGAAAAUCGCCGAUAAUGCACAAUUAUUUCAACAACAGCAUAUCAGCGAUGAACGAUACAUGAGGCCUGCAAUUGAAACUAAACGCAGAUUUAGCCAAUUUAAUCAGCCACCGCCUGUUCAGCCGAAAGACGUAUUAACCGAAUUUAGCUCUUCAAAUAUUCUGAAUAAGAUUCCUGCAUUAAGUGAAUUCAUAGCAGACGGUUCCUCAUCUGUACAGAAAGGAAAUAAUGUUGUCCAGCAGGAUAUUUUGUUUAGAGGAGCGCCGCCAGCGGCAACUCCAACGGCCUUCGAUGAAUUUACAAACAUGUACGCUCAAAAUAUUGAAAAAGGAGAAAAUAUUGACCAGACACCCGACAAAACAGCCAAAACAUACAUUAAAAAAUCGAAGAGCAAUGAACCAUGGUAUUUUUAAUUUGACUUGAGUUUUAAAGCUACUGACAGAACGCUCUUGCAUUAUACUUACCGAUAUCCAACCAUUGUUAUGUGUAAUAAACUAUAGUGCUGUAAGACAUGCAUAUGUGCCCCAAAGUAAUGACUUUUGUAACUUUUUUUUCUGACCUAUUGCAAGAGUUAUGUUCACAUAAAUGUUUUUUUUUCUUUUAAUUACUUACAGAUGAGGGAAGAAGUCAAAUUAACAAAUUAUAAUUUUCAAUUGACAAUUUUAGAUAUAUCCAAUUUAUGGAAUUAUUAAUGACAUGUCUGUUUGAUUUUUUGUUGAGAAAUCACCAUUUGAAGAAAAAAGAAUAUUGAACAGGAAUGAUUUCUGUUAAUGAUUAAUAUGAAUUGUAUCAGAAGAAAUCAUUUAUACAAGCAGUAUGAAGUUUAUCAGAAUAGUAUAUAUAAAGUAUUCUUUUUAUUA